CGGGCCGGAGCCCGGGGCCGCCGCCGCCGCCGGAGCCGGAGCUCGCCAUGCGCGCCGCCCCGCUGCGCCCGCUGCUGCUCCUGCUCCUGCUGGGCCCGCGGCUCCCGGCCACCGGCCUCGCGGAGCCGCCCGCCGUGGUGCUGGCCGUCCUGGCCCGCAAUGCCGCGCACUCGCUGCCGCACUACCUGGGCGCGCUGGAGCGGCUGGACUACCCCCGCGCCCGGCUGACCCUCUGGUGUGCCACGGACCACAAUGUGGACAACACCACAGAGAUGCUGCAGGAGUGGCUGGCCGCCGUGGGCAAUGACUAUGCAGCCGUGGUCUGGAGGCCUGAGGGGGAGCCCAGGCCCUACCCGGACGAAGAGGGGCCCAAGCACUGGACCAGAGAGAGGCACCAGUUCCUGAUGGAGCUGAGGCAGGAAGCCCUGACCUUUGCCAGGGACGCUGGGGCAGACUACAUCCUGUUUGCAGACACCGACAACAUUCUGACCAACAACCAGACCCUGCGGCUUCUGGUCGAGCAGGGGCUGCCCGUGGUGGCCCCGAUGCUGGACUCGCAGACCUACUACUCCAACUUCUGGUGCGGGAUCACCCCGCAGGGGUACUACCGCCGCACGGCCGAGUACUUCCCCACGAAGAACCGCCAGCGCCGGGGCUGCUUCCGGGUCCCCAUGGUCCACUCCACCUUCCUGGUGUCCCUGCGGGCGGAGGGGGCGGCCCAGCUCGCCUUCCACCCCCCUCACCCCAACUACACCUGGCCCUUCGACGACAUCAUCGUCUUCGCCUUCUCCUGCCAGGCCGCUGGAGUCCCGGUCCACGUGUGCAACGAGCACCGUUAUGGGUACAUGAACGUCCCUGUGAAGUCCCACCAGCAGCUGGAGGACGAGCGGGUCAACUUCGUCCACCUCAUCCUGGAGGCGCUGGUGGACGGGCCCCCUAUGUGGGCCUCGGCUCAUGUGUCCCGGCCCCCGAAGCGUCCCACCACGAUGGGGUUUGAUGAGGUCUUUGUCAUCAGCCUGGCCCGCAGGCCCGACAGGCGGGAGCGCAUGCUGAGCUCGCUCUGGGAAAUGGAGAUCUCUGGGCGGGUGGUGGACGCUGUGGAUGGCCGGGCGCUCAACAGCAGUGUCCUGAGGAGCCUCGGCGUGGACCUGCUCCCUGGCUACCAGGACCCCUACUCCGGCCGCUCGCUGACCAAGGGGGAGGUGGGCUGCUUCCUGAGCCACCACGCCAUCUGGGAGGAGGUGGCUGCCAGGGGCCUGGCCCAGGUCGUGGUGUUCGAGGACGACGUGCGCUUCCAGAGCAACUUCAAGGGGCGUUUGGAGAGGCUGAUGGAGGAGGUGGAGGCAGAGAAGCUUCCGUGGGACCUGAUCUACCUCGGCCGGAAGCAGGUGAACCCCGAGGAGGAGGUGGCCGUGGAGGGGCUGCCGCGCCUGGUGGUGGCCGGCUAUUCCUACUGGACGCUGGCCUACGCCCUGAGCCUGGCCGGCGCCCGCAAGCUGCUGGCCUCCCAGCCGCUGCGCCGGAUGCUGCCUGUGGACGAGUUCUUGCCCAUCAUGUUUGAUCAGCACCCCAAUGAGCAGUACAAGGCGCACUUCUGGCCUCGGGACCUGCAGGCCUUCUCCGCCCGGCCCCUGCUCGCCGAGCCCACGCAUUACGCGGGGGACGCCGAGUGGCUCAGCGACACGGAGACCUCCUCCCUCUGGGACGACGACAGUGGCCGCCUCACCAGCUGGAGCGGCUCUCACAAGACCCUCCGCGGCCCCCGCCUGGACCUGGCCGGCAGCAGCGGGCACCGCCUCCAUCCCCGCCCCCGGGACGAGCUCUAGGUGCGGGCUGGGCCUGGGUGCCCAGGAGAGGCCAGUACUCUGUGUUUCCCUGGAGCAGAGUUGGAGAUUGCUGGCGGGAGCCGCCACUAGGAACCAGACCCAGGGGAAACCAGCAGACGCCUUGGGCAUGGCCACUCUGCCCCCUGGCCCCGUCGUACGUCGGAGAAGCCAGAGAUGCGUCUCCGUGUCCGAGGUCACGGCAUGGAAGGGCAGCGUCUGCAGGCCCUCUUCCCUGCCUGCCUGCCUGCCUCACGGCCUGCGGGGAGGCACGUGAGGGAGGCUCAGGCUGGGCAGACACAGGGGCCCUGCCCUCCCCGAGGACCCAGCUGCUGGGGACCCUCCCCCUUCUACCUCCACCUCAGCUGCCCCCUCCUACCAGCUCAAAGCUGGACCCCCAGUCACCGGGAAGUGCAAGGUGGCGAGAGGAGGACCCAGCAACCAGGAGGCCCUCAAUAAAGUCAGCCGGUGUUUGCACUUUA